AUGACACCUUAUUCUAUUCUUUCACUCCUUUUGCUCAACCUCUAUUGCAUCAUCGCUCUUACUCAUUCUCUAAACAAUGGCUUCAGUGUGGAACUCAUCCACCGUGACUCUUUAAAAUCUCCAUUCUACAAUGUCUCACAAACCCAAUUUCAGAGAGUCGCCAAUGCUGUGCGUCGUUCCAUCAACCGUCCCUAUCAUUUUAACAAAGCUUAUGAUCAAGCAAACACAAUUAACCCAACUAUAAUUCCAAACGGCUUUAAUAGUGGUGAGUUUCUUAUGAGUUAUUCAGUUGGCACCCCACCAUUCAAGCUUUAUGGGGUUUUAGAUACAGGUAGUAGCAUUAUUUGGUUUCAGUGCAUACCUUGUGAAAAUUGUUACUAUCAAACCUCUCCCAUAUUUGAUCCUUCAAAAUCCCUAACAUACAGAAACCUUCCUUGCUCUUCGUCUAUAUGUCAAUCUAUUCCUAGUGGUAAUCUUAGUGUAGACACUCUAACAUUGGAGUCAACAAACGGUUAUCCCAUCUCAUUUCCUGGAUUUGUAAUUGGAUGUGGACACAACAAUAUUGGAACAUAUCAGGGACAAAGCUCUGGAAUAGUUGGCCUUGGAAAUGGACUUUUGUCCCUUAGAAAUCAAUUGGGUACUUUAGUUGGUAGCAAGUUCUCAUAUUGUUUGGUGCCAAUAUUUUUAGAUCCUAACAUCUCAAGCAAACUCAACUUUGGGGAUAAUGUUGUGGUUUCAGGAUAUGGGACUGUCUCAACUCCUUUAGUCCAAAGAAGUGGAAAAGUUUCUUAUUACUUAACUUUAGAAGCAUUUAGUGUGGGAAACAAUAGAGUAGAGUUUCGAAGCACCUCUUUUGGAUCUAGCGAAGAGGGAAAUAUCAUAAUUGACUCUGGCACAACACUAACUCGUUUGCCAAAUGAUGUUUACUUCAGGGUUGAAUCAACAGUGAUAGAAGUGGUUAAUCAUGAACGUACUGAAGAUCCUUUUAAAUUAUCAAGGCUUUGCUACAUAACUACAUCAAGACAACUUGAGGUGCCUAUAAUCACAGCACAUUUUAUGGGUGCAGAUAUCCAGUUGAAUCCUCUCAACACUUAUGUUCAAGUUGACGAUGAUGUUGCAUGCUUCGAUUUCCUCCCAACUCAAGGCUAUCCCAUUUUCGGGAACCUAGCGCAACAAAAUUUCUUAAUUGGCUAUGACUUCCAGAAUAAUGUGAUCUCGUUUAAACCUACAGAUUGUACGAAGUACUGA